AUGGGGCUGUGCCAGGGGCUCCUGCUGCUGGGGUUCUGCCGGCUUCUCUGCGAGGCUGGUCUGCACCACGAAGGAGGAAGGCAGCUCUGCUCCGUCCUGCCCAGCAGCCCCAGAGCUGGAGGGAGAUGUUUCUCCCUAGGUGGCAAGUGCGUCUUCCCCUUCUACUACAACAGAGGCGUGUUCUAUGACUGCGUCGAGUUCAAGGCCAAACACAAGUGGUGCUCCUUAACGGAGACUUUCAAAGGACAUUGGAAGUACUGUUCUGAAGAAGACAUGGCCAAGUGCGUGUUUCCCUUCUGGUUCCAGCUCAUGAUCUACUGGGAAUGUACCGAAGACUCAGAGGCAUCUGGGAGACACUGGUGCUCCCUGACUCAGAAUUAUAACAGGGAUAAGGUUUGGAAAUAUUGUGAUCAGUGAUGAGAUUUGGGGGGUGGGGUGGGGGGGGAUGCUGAA